AUGGACACAGACGAGGACGCGGCGGCGGCCGCCCGCUCGAGACGGCUCGAGCGUGGCUGCCGCGGCUUUGUGCAGCGGCUCCUGGGCUGGCCGCCGGAGCCAGCAUCUGAUGGAGUCCUUGUCACCAUUGCCCCCCGCGUCUCCGAGGAGACCGCAGUGAUUGCGUCAAACCAGGACCAGCGGAAGCAUGGCGGUGCCUCAACGCUCCUUGGGCGCACCGGUCCUGGUGUGAGCAUAGUUCGGAUCAUUUUGCUCGCGGCGGGACUGGUCGCUCUCGCCCUCGCGCUCUGGAAGACCGCAGCCAUUGCUCCAUCGUUAAUUCAGGCCAACGGGCUGCCACUCGGACUCGCCCAAACCGGAGCUUACUUCAUCGCCUACUUGUGUGAAGCCGUCCUCAUUGUUGCGGUGACCCCAUUCGUGGCGGCGAAGGAGGCUGUGGGGUUUGCUGCUGUCAAGCUCUGGCAGGUGGCAACCGCUUACUUCUCAUUCGCUUGGGAUGUCAUCGCCGCAGUCUUCUCAUUCGCUUGGGAUCUCAUCGCCGCAGUCUUCACCCUCCUUUCGGACGCCGCCGCCACAGUCUUCUCCUUCACUGAAGAAUUUAUCCUUGUCCCCAUGGCCCAAUUCCUCCAGCCAGGCGCACAGAUUGUCCGGGACAAGGCGGUGACGGUCGCGGAGACUGUCAAGGACGUGGCUGUCUGGCCGUACGAGAACGUCGUGCAGCCUGCCGGAGAGGCGGUUGUAGGCUGCGUGCAGGACGUGUUUUCCUGGUCGUACCAGCGUGUCUUGCAGCCCAUCGGACAUGCGAUUGGCGCCACCGCGACAUUCGUGAUGGAUGCCGUCAUUGCCCCGUCACUUAAUGCCUUGGCGUGGGCCGUCGCGAAAAUGUGGCAAGGAUUGUUUUGGAUCGGCGACGCGAUCCUCGAGGGCAUCUCCCGCAUUGUGGUGUACCUCUACGAGCAUGCGGUGGUGCCUGUGUCUCACGGCAUUCGAUUAGUCGGGGCAGAAAUCGGAAAUGGCUUGGGUGCCGCCGCCAGCUGGGUGUGUGGCCACAUUUUGGCUCCUGUUGCAAACGCAGUCAGCGCUGCCGCAUCAGCCUCCUACCACUAUGUGAUAGAGCCUGUUGGUUCAGUGAUCGGAUGGCUAGUCUCCACCCUAGCCAGCGGCAUUGCAUCCGCAGGCUCCACCACCUAUCGAUUCGUCAUCGAGCCGGUUGGCUCAGAGGUGGGCUCGCUCGCCGGCAUCGUGAGCAGUGCCACGGCGCGUUCCUGGGCCGCGUUAAAUCUUCGUGGAAAUCGCUGCCUCCUCACCCUCCGCAGAAGGCCGCCGACGCCGACGCCGCCUCGGCCGCUCGCCCCACCGACCGAAGGCUGCUUGGACUCGAUCGCCAAAAACUUCAACCCGGAUGUCGACGUCAACAACGCCGCCCUCUGCGAGUACAACUUCGCGGGCGGGGAGAUCGCGGUGUUCGGCUGCAUUACGAAUUGCGAGGUGUUCGUCGACCAGAAUAGCGACCUCCUGCUCAACUCGAGCAUUGGCGCUGCCGACGAGCGCGUGCGGGUGAAGCCGGCUGCGCUGGGUGACAAUUCCGGCCGCUGCAGGAUUCGGAGGGAGGUGAGCGCGCACCACUAA